AUGUUCAACUACUUAGCAGCUCGCAACGCGGUUCUUAAGGUGGAAAAUGAAGGCCUCCGCGCCCAAAUUGACACUAAGAAGACCUCUUGGAAACACCGCCAAGCCCUGCCGUUGCAGGCCUCUAAGUCCUAUACUUCUACUGCAGUGUUCUGGUCUCCAACAAAGGUGGAUGAGGCCCAGCAUCAACUGCGUCUCAACGCUCGCGCCCAGGCUGAGGAGACUGCUGCAAAGCUUCGCAAGAAGACUGAGCAGGCUGAGAAGAAGGCACGGAAUGAGCGGGAGAAGGAGGAGAAAAGCAAUCGUCAAGCAAUGGCAAAGGAGGAGAAGGCUAAGAGGAAGGCUGCUAAACAGGCUGAGAAACAACAAAAGAAGCAGGAGCGCGACGCACUCAAAUCUGUCCAAUUACCCCAAACAGGCAAGCGCAAGGCCUCACAGAAGCCUCCUACAGAGCCAGCAGCUAAGAAACAGCCGGCCGCACCACACGUUUAA